AUGAGCACUGGUAAUUUAAAAUCAUCUCUCUAUUCUUCAUUAUUUUUGUCGAACAGGCACUUACCAAAACUUGAUUCAGAAACUUCUGAUAAUAAUUCAAGUGUCAAAAUAAAAGAUUCAGACAAAAAUAUAAAUAAUUCAAAAACUUCAGUUAUAAAAAAGCGAAUUGAUUUAAAUAGUAGUGAAUUAGUAAAUAUUAAGAGUUUAAAUUCAAAAUGUCUGAAUUCAAUUUCCGAUAAAAUUGCAAAGUCAAAUAAUUCAAUCAAAUACAAUUCAAAAAGUUCAACGAAUCAAAAGGAGAAUGAAAAAAAUUAUUUAAAGGAAGUUUCAUUAAUAAAUAAAUCAGGUAAAGAAAGUAUUAGUCCAUCAAAAACUAAUCUUGCUGGACAAAAUAGAAUAAAUGAUGCAAAUUCGAUUAAUACAUCAAACAAAAAAACCAAUUUAGAAGAUUUUACAGUAGCUAAAGAAAAAAUACAACUAGAUGAUGAAAAGAUACAGGAGAAAAAUUUUUUUGAUACAGGGACUACUAAAUGUCUUUUAAAUAUUAAAGAAAAUAAAAAUUUAGAGGAGGAGGUCACAUUUGACGUUUAUUUAAGAUCAAAUAUAAUAAAAAUAGUUAAAGAUGAAAAUAAUGAAGUUAUUAUUUCUGUUCCAUGUAAGUUAAAUAUGGAUCUAGAAAGCUUAUUUUAUUACUUUUCAAAUAACUCAAUUUAUCUAAAAUGCAAACAGUUUGCAAACAUGCUUCAUUUAAGUAAACUUUAUCACAAAAGCAAGCCUAUUGAUAUUUUGGGCAGAAUGUUUCCUUCAAAUCAAAAAAGUUUACCUGAUGAGGAGAAACAAAUAGAAUAUAAUUGUUUUCUAAAGCUUUUGCAUCGCUUUUCUCAAUUUAAGUUCAGAUCUAUCGGGGCAAGUGAAGAAGAAAAGUUGAAUUUAGUUGUUUCCUUUUUACUCAGUUGUGAUUAUGCUGAUAUAAUUUCAAAUAAGUUAGUUAAAUCUGAGAGAUGCAUUCAAGUAAGUGAUCCAACAAUUCAGAGGAAAGAUAAGGAUAUUCAGAUAAGUACUGAACUCAAGGAUAAUUCUACUCAAUUUAAUCGAAGCGUAAAUAAUGUAGAAAUAGAUGCAACCUACUCUGUAUCAGAUGCUAGUUGCAGUUGUGAUAUUGAACAGGAAUUAGACUUAAAUAUUCAGAAGGAAUUUGAUGAACCUUCUAAUGAAGAACAUCAAAAUCAAACAUUCGAUUAUUUAGAUGUUUACAGUAUUCAAGAAGAACCGGAAAUUCAAGAAAUUGUUGUGAAACCAGAGUUAAUUGAAAUAAAUCAGGAAUCUUUUAAAAAAAGUGAAAAGAAAAAUAAUCCCAAAAAAAUCACUCAAAAAAGCUCAGAUAAAGAAUCAGAAAUUUUAGUAGCACUUACAAGCAUUAGCCAAGAAGAUGACAAAAAAUUAUAUAGGAUCUUUGUUUAUUAUUCUGGGCCUAAUAGUGAUAGGCUUUCAUAUCGUCAAUUUUACAACUUAAUGAAUGAUUCAGGUUUGUUAGGAGGAAAUUUUGAAGAAUUUCUUACUCCCAUUCAGUUAGAAAGAUGCUACUCAGCCGUAAUUAUUAAUCCAAAGGGUUUAGAUUAUUGGGAAUUUAAGGAAAUAUUGCUUUAUUGUGGCGAAGCAUCGUCUUGUGGACACGACGCUACUUCUUCAUUCCAAAGCAUAAUAAAGAAAUAUAUCAUUCCAUUAAUAUUGAUGAUAUAUCAACCCAACAAUUUUGAAAAAUGCGAAGAUGUAGUAUUAGAUAAAUCCAUUUCUGAGGAGUUUGAUAAUGCAAAAAGUUUACAAACAAUGAUUAACAAAGCAAUUUUACCUUGGUUCCGACUUGGAAGUCGCCCAACAUUAAGUGAAAGCGAUGAGUAUUCUGAUACUUGCAGUUGUAGUUCAAUGAAUUCAAAUAUUGAUAGUUUUGAAGAAGAGGAGUCUUCAAUUUCUAGUUCAUAUAUUUCUAGUUCAGUAAAAGAAGAAAAUUAA